AUGUUUUAGCCAGUUUAGUUCGGUAAGAACUUUAUAAUUUAGGAACUUGACUCAGAAAAUUACUCAGAAUUUGUUGAUCUAAUUGCUGAAGAGUACCCAAAUAAUGAUCCGAUUUCUAUUAUAUUGGGAGCAAAUUCAAUUGCAUAUAGAGAAUGUGUUGAAUCUUUAAAAGAUUUCAUCUUGUCAUAGAACUGCUCAUUUAUAGCUAGAUGCACAAAUACUGGGAAAUUAAUUGGAGCUGUUGUUGGUGAAGAUUACAAUGCAGAAUACGAUUGCAAGAAAGAUAGAGCUUUGGAAAUCUAUUAUGGAAGAUUUGGAGAAGCAAAGAAAUCUCUAUUUGAUAGAGGUAUUUUUAGAAAGGAAUGGAAGAUAUUAUUAGGCACAUGGGGAAUCACACGGAGUACCCAUUAAAAUUAAAUAAUAGUCACUGAUUUGACCAUGGAGUUGGUGAAAUAAAUCACAUGGCUGCCUUUAGAAUAAUGA